AUGCUGACACUGCACAAGAUAAAAAGAAUAAGCAACGCCCACCGCCUACUGCUGAACGAAGAGAGAAACAAAAUUCACGUGGCCAUACAUGAGCAUGAAGACGUCCUACCAAAGAAUAACAGCAAAGCGUGCAGGAACAAGUACAAAAAUGUAGCAAAUCUGCACAGAAUCAUCCACAGCGGGGUGUUAAAAGGGCACAGAAACGUGUACUUCUACAAAUGCUUACUGAAAAUUGCGGAGAAGAGGAGAAAUGAUCUAAGCUUGCACCAAAUAAAUAUAAUUUUAAAGGCCCUUGUACGAGGCAAGAUUUACAGAUAUGUCUCAUUUCACUCCUUCGAGAUCCCCAUUUUGAAUCAUCUAAACUGGUUAAACGGAUUGAUUAAGGAUGUGGAGGAAGGUACGUUCAGAGGAAGAGGUAAAACUCAGCAGAGCAGGAACGAAUCACGCAUGGUCAGUCGUCACACUGAUCACACCAACGGGGAGGAAGAAGACAAUUACAAAAAAUUCCUUUUGAGGGAAAGAAUACAUGCAUUAGGGAAAAGUCAGUGGAGGGGAGAAGACCCUUCCAAAGUGAAGGAUAUAAUUUCAGACCAAUUCGAUAUCAUAGUUGAUAUAUUCAAAAGCUACUUAAAAGUUCUGAAUUUCCAUUUUUGCUUUUUAAGCCAAACGAUUUUCUUUUUCAUAAUUAAAAAUUACCAGUACCUACCCCAUGGGCAAAAUUUAAUGUCCAUUUGGGGUAUGUACGUGAAGCGAGUUUUGUCCAAUCACCGCUUGAUGAAUCCGAAGGAGGGGUAUCCACCUCAAAUGGGGAGAAACCAACGAAUGGGUGAAGAUUCCACCGCAUAUCUUUUUACCCCCCCCGUUUGUUCACUCUCAGAGGAAAAAUCACGAAUCAUUAAGCUGUAUAGAUAUAAGUACACUCAAAACAUUCACGCAAAGACGGUGCGAAACUACACCGUUGCUUUUAAAAAUGAGAGAAAGAACAAACGAGGAGGAAAAAAAAAACAUCCUUGUAAAUCCCUAUUUUGUAAAAACGGAAACCUCACUCUUUGCAAAUAUAUGGUCAUGCUCAUGUUGAAACAAGACACAUUAGCUAGCUACUGCAAACUGGUCAAACAGAAAAGAACACGUUACAAAAAUGCAUACCUCUCAAAUGGCUAUUUGUACAAAAUGAAAAACACAAACAUGGUGUUGGAUUUCCAGUCGAAAAAGUAUCUAAUCAAAGUAGGGUUCGUGCAGAAUGUAGCCUUCCUCCAAGGGGAAGGGUUCCACAAGGAUUUCGUGACAAAUGGACACUUCCUUCGUAGCGUUUCCAACUGGAUGACGAAGCUCAACGUGAGGUGUCGCCUCCUUAGCGGGGGUAUAAACCGAGAUUAG